CGGGGUGUGAGCGCUGAGGAAUUCUCAGCAGCAGGACGAGGGCGCAAGGUGCAGGGUAUCUUUACUAUUGGCAGCGUUAGUGUUAAGUUUUUGUAGAUUAAUCCGAAAUGGCGAGCAGCAAUGGCUGCUUUGAGGGUGCGGCAAUGCUCGCCUUCGACCCCGCACCUGACGAGUUUGCGGCGCCCGAGGUUCUCAGACAUUCAAUUUCAAAGGAUCUCUCCGAGCCUGUGACUACAAGGCUGAAUCUUCCUCGUUCUAUGAGGUGCAGUGAACCGGGGGUGAUGAAAAAUCCAGGAGCAGACACCACCACAUUUUCAGCCCUUCCCUCACAUGAAGAGCUGGAUUUCAUUGAAAGAUACAAACAGGGAGUAAUAAACUCAGUAUCUGCCUUGCAUCUGUUUGCCAAAAUACACCACCUGCAGCUUGAAUUGAAAGAAACGAGUGUGGCAGGCGAUUUCAUAAGGCCUUAUUUUGCCUUUUGUGCUGUGAUAAAUGGUGUUUGCUACAAGACUGGGCUGGGAAAGAACAAGAAGGAAUCUAAAUUAAAUGCAGCCAAACUGGCUCUUGCUGAGCUACUUAACUUGGAGAAUACAGGGGCAAAGUCUUUUGAAGAUUCAGAUUUUCCCUGUGCUCCUGCUGAGCUCCGACCUCCAGGAAACUCUGCUUGUGUUUCAAGGACUGGAGGAGAGCAUACCUAUCACAAGCUCUCCCAAACCCUUGAGGAUGUGUUUAGCCGCCUGACUACCCAGCACCCCGAGUACCACAGCUGUGGCAGUUCCCUGGCUGCCUUCAUCAUUGAAAAGGGUGGGCAGCAUGAAGUGGUAGCUCUGGGGACAGGAGAAUGCAACUACAGCCGGAUCUUCGAGUCCUGUGGGAGGCUCUUGCACGACAGCCAUGCCAUUGUCACUGCCAGGCGUUCCCUGCUCAGAUAUUUGUACCGGCAUCUCUUGCUGUUCUAUAACCAAAAUCCAGCCAAGGCAGAGAGAUCGAUAUUUUGCACAGCACCAGGCUCGAAGCUGCUUACCUUAAAGCAAAAUAUAACUCUCUCUCUGUACAUGAACCAGCUUCCAAAAGGAACUGCUCAGUUAAAAUCAGAGAUCCGUCUCGGUCCCCAGUCCAUAUCUGCUUACGAAGCCAGUGAAGAGCUGAGUCUCCACGUUGCUCUGGAAGGCAGGAUUUACCUGGCUGCUUGCUGUCCCCCCAAGACUGUCAGAGUGAGCAGCAUGUCAGCUGGUGACAAGCUGACCAAGUGGGAGGUGGUUGGUCUUCAGGGAGCCUUGCUGAGCCACUUCAUUGAGCCCGUGUACAUCAGCAACAUUCUUGUGGGAAAUGGAAGUUGUAGGGAUACGAAAGGACUGGACAUAACCAUAAAGCAGCGCCUUGAUGAUGAACUUAUUUCAAAGCUUCCCGUGCCUUACCUGGUCAACAGAUCUCAUAUUUACUUGGUGAAAGCUGCGCUGCCAAUCCAAACAGAUUUGAACCAGUGGUCACUUAGUUUGAAUUGGACAUUGUCAGAUGCAUCACUGGAGGUUGUGGAUGGAUUAAGUGGGAAAACCACUGAAAGCUCCCCGUUCCGCAGCGGCAGCUGCCUGGCCAGCCGCCUGUGCAAGGCCGCCAUGUUCAGCCGCUUCCGCAUGCUCGCCAGGGAAGCGGGACGGGCUGAUCUGCUCCGGUUUCCAACGUACCACGAGGCAAAGAUUAAAUCUCAAUUGUACCAAGAAGCUAAAAGCUUGCUGCAGAGCUACUUGGAGCAGCACAGUUAUGGAUCAUGGAUUGUGAAGUCUUCACACAUUGAACAGUUCAGUGAUUGAUGGAGGUGGAUUGAAUGUUAAGUUGGUUUGAAUGAUCUGUUUCAGUAAAUAUAUUCUGAGUAGUAAAAUGUUCAACUUUAAGUUCAUAGUACAGGAUGAAAACAAUUACAGAACUGCUUUUUGUCAGUUUGAAUGCAAUUAUUAAACCCCCUGUAGCAGUUCAGUCUUUUCCCAAAAUGGAUGUUUUCUUAUAGGUAAAUCUCUUCUGCCCUGCCACCCCAGUGCCAGCUCAUUUCAGCUCCCUCACGUCUGUUCCUACAAAUCCCCACCCCAUGGAGUUAAUAAUUUUUCCUGGAUAGUUUCAGGAUUUCUAUAUAUUGAUUUCUUCUUUUUCAUUUCUUCACUUUAAAAAAGAAAAAUCACUAAAAGCUGGAUUUCUUUAAAAAAAGGUAUAGUAAUGUAAGAGUCUUUCGGGAACAAAAUAAGAAAUGGGCAAUCUAUGCUUUAUCUGUGAGCUUCCAUCAUUUGCUGAGAGUUUUGUUUACAGUGAAUUUGCCACGUGGCUUAUAGUUUAUUUGUACUAGAAGAGUUAAAAAAUAAUUUUUGUAUUUCCAAAUGCGAAACCUGGAAUGAGCAGCUGUUACUCAACUGUUUUGUGACGAUUACUGGUUCUGGUAGUGGGUUUAAAGCAUUAUGCAGGUGUCAAAGCUGUAAAUAAGAAAAUAAUGCAAUGUAGUACAGAAGCCACCAGAAACACGGUUUUUGCAGCUUUUGUGGUUUGCCUCAAACUACAUCAGUGUUAAAGCUUAUGGAUGAGUUAAGACUCCUGCACCCUCAGGUGACUUCAUUGCUGCACUGACAAGUCCUAGUGAAAUUGUCUGCAUACACAGUAACCUGGAAAAUGGUGCCUGUCACAAGGGAAUUUACUUCCUUGUAAGUCCUGCUCCAUAAGAGCAUGGUAGCAGUGGGGGAGGGUGUUGUUAAAUGCCAUAUUUGGAGUUGGUGUGUGGUGUUGUGAAUGCUGGUGUGUUCAAGAUGGACAGGACACUUGGAUUAUGUUCCAUGAUUUCUGGAAAUCAUGCAAGAGUGGGGAGUUACAGUGUACUCGUUCAUCAGAAAUAGUGAGUGUAGUGCUGUAGUCAUGUUUCACCUUCUUAGUGUUAGACCAGUCUCAAGUUUUUCCUCCUGGUAUUUGUGUUUUCCUUAAUCUGUUCUUCCAGAUAAUAUGUAGAGUUUUCUGUGGAUGAUCUUACGCUGACAUACAAGUUGUUGAAACUCGCUGACUUGUUACUACUCAGUCCUUGACCUUUUUUUGGCUAAUGGUUGAAAUUUUUUGACUCUUGUUUUCUAUUACUGUCUUUUAAUUUUGGGGGGUUAUAUGGUCAUGUUUAGUAUAUUGUGGCACUUGUUCCAUGUAAUGUUUUCUAAGAAUUCUUGGGAAUGGCCAUUGUAUUCUGGGCUAGAGCACAGUGCUGCCUUUUUGCAGGGGUGUUAAAAGUUCAAUAAAAGUCCUUGACAGUAAUGGACAGCUCCCUCCACCAUUUCUGAAGCAGAAGGAACUCCUCCCUGGAAGAAGAUUCCUUUCCUCCAUACCUGGUAAUGAUGUGAGGUGACAGAGAAUGACCUCAGUGUCCUGGCUGUGCCCUUUCCUGGGUACUGCCGGAACUUAACCCUGUCCUGGCUGGAACCAGUUCUUCAUCCUUCUUACAUAUGAGCACAGAUCUCA